GCAGCUCCAGCCCUCCCUCCGCUUCCGACGGCCGCGCUGCGCCAUCCCGGCCAGGCCAGCCCCGUGUCGGGGCCGCCGCGCCCUGACCCUGCCUGUCACCGCGGCCCCGCCAGGAUGCUGCUGCGGGCCGCGGUGCUGGCGGUGCACGCCGGGCUCCUGGCUGCCCUCCGGCCCGGAGACCCCAAUGUCUGCAGCUACUGGGAGAGCUUCACGGCGCCAGUGAAGGAGUCGUACACCAAACCCCACGUCGUGUCCUCCAGCGAGCCCUGUCCCGGGGGGCUGGGCCUCCCCCUGCCCUGCCCACAGCAGAGGGUCGUGUACCGCACCGAGUACCGGCAGGCCGUCCGCACCGACUACCGGCGGCGCUACCAGUGCUGCCAGGGCUACUACGAGAGCCGGGAUUCCUGUGUCCCUCACUGCAGCCACGAGUGUGUCCACGGGCGCUGCGUGGCUCCCGAGCUGUGCCAGUGCGAGCCGGGCUGGCGCGGCCCCAGCUGCUCCAGCGAGUGUGACGAGCAUUCGUGGGGGCCAGACUGUGGACAGCGCUGCCAGUGCCACCAUGGGGCCCCUUGUGACCCCCUGACCGGGCUCUGCUCCUGUCCCCCUGGCUUCACCGACCCCCUGUGCCACCAGCCGUGCCCACCUGGCACCUACGGGCAGGGCUGUCACCUGUCCUGCCCCUGCCACCACCAGGCUCCCUGCAACGCCUCCACUGGCGCCUGCCUCUGCCCAGAGGGGCUGAGCGGCCCCCUCUGCGAGGUGCCCUGCCCUGAGGGGAUGUCCUGUGCCACGCCCUGUCCCUGCCAGAACGGGGGCAUCUGCCACCCCUCGAGCAGCAGCACCUGCGUCUGCCCGCACGGCUGGAUGGGGGACAUCUGCUCGGUGCCGUGCCCCCCCGGGCGCUUCGGGCCCGGCUGCCAGGGCGAGUGUCGCUGCCACAACGGGGGCAGCUGUGACCCCCACGGGGGACAGUGCCACUGUGCCCCUGGCUUCACUGGAGAGCAGUGCCAGGAGCGGUGCCCAGUGGGGCGCUACGGGCAGGGCUGCCAGGAGAGCUGUGACUGUGCCAACGGGGGGCAGUGCUUCCACGUGGAUGGGGGCUGCCUGUGCGAGGCUGGCUUCCAGGGCAGCCGCUGCGAGGAGAGGCACUGCCUGCCCGGCCUCUACGGCCUCCACUGCCAGAGCCGCUGCCUCUGCCACCCCCAGCACAGCCAGAGCUGCCACCCCAUGCUUGGGGAGUGUGUUUGCCUCCCUGGCUGGGCUGGGCUCUACUGCAAUGAGAGCUGCCCCCCUGGCUACUUCGGGCCUGGCUGCCUGCAGAGCUGCCUCUGCCUCCAUGGGGGGGUCUGUGAUGGGACCACUGGCCACUGCCACUGCCCCCCUGGCUACACGGAUGAGCACUGCUCCUCGCUGUGUCCCCCCAACACCUUUGGCAUGAACUGCUCGGGGCGCUGCUCCUGCCAGCACGCCCUGGCCUGCUCCCCACUCGAUGGCUCCUGCUUCUGCAAGGAAGGCUGGCACGGACCUGACUGCUCAAUGCCGUGUCCUGCUGGUUCGUGGGGUCCCAGCUGCAACCGGAGCUGUGACUGUGCCCAUGGGGCAUCCUGUGACCCCCAGAGCGGGACAUGCCACUGCCCCCCGGGCUGGCAGGGCCCCCACUGCCUGCAGCCCUGCCUGAACGGGACGUUUGGGGCGGGCUGUGGGGAGCGCUGUGCCUGCGCCCACGCUGAUGGCUGUGACCCGGUGACAGGAGAGUGCCACUGCCUGCCUGGCUGGACAGGGCCGCAGUGCAAGCAGGGCUGUCCCCACGGCUCCUGGGGCCGGGGCUGCCUCAUGUCCUGCUCCUGCCGCAACGGAGCCUCCUGCUCCCCCCAGGAUGGAUCCUGCACCUGCACCCCGGGCUUCCGCGGCCCCACCUGCCAGCGCCCCUGUCCCGCUGGCCGCUACGGCAAACGCUGCUCCCUGAGCUGCUCCUGCGCCAACGGCUCCUCCUGCCACCCCGCCAACGGCUCCUGCCUCUGCACCCCGGGCUGGAGGGGCCCCCGCUGCUCCCAGCCCUGCGCCCCCGGGACCUUUGGGCUCCAGUGUGAGCAGCUCUGCCACUGUCCCCACAACGCCACCUGCGACCCCACCAAUGGCACCUGUCCCUGUGUCCCAGGCACGGCUGGUCCCCACUGUGAGGCUGGCAAUCCUGACGUGCCCUACACCAUCGAGCCAGCCCCCCCUGCAGCCUACAGCCCCCUGGGCAUGGUGCUGAGCCUGGUGGCCCUGGUGGUGCUGCUGGUGGCUGUGGUGGUCACAGCCCUGUGCUACCACCACUGGCAGAAGGGGAAGGAGCAGCAGCACCUGGCUGUGGCCUACAGAGCAGGACAGACAGACACCUCUGACUACAUGGUGCCAGAUGUACCCCCAAACCACCACGCACACUACUACUCCAACCCCAGCUACCACACCCUGUCCCAGUGCCCGCUGCCAGCCCCCGGCCCGGACAGAGCCAGCUCCCUCAAGGUGCCUGGCAGCCAGCUCUUCCCCAGCAUGGAGAGACCUUACAGCCCUGAAGGCAAUGCCACGCUGCCUCCUGACUGGAAACACCUCGGGGCACCUGCCCUGGGCCCCAGGGGCAGGCAGGUGGACAGGAGCUACACCUACAGCCAUGGGCUGAGGAAGUGUGAGAGCAAAGAGCACCCCUGGGAGGGGCUGGGGGCCAGCAGCAGCUCCCUGGCCAGCGAGAACCCCUACGCCACCAUCAAGGAGCUGCCCCCUGCCAUCAGCAAGGCCCACGAGGGCAGCUACAUGGAGAUGAAAUCCCCUGUCCAGAGGGAGAUGUCCUACGCUGAGAUUGGGCUCCUGGAGGAGCCACCACAAGAGGAGAGUUGUCCUGAAGGCCCCCCUGACAGAGAGCCCCCCAGCCACUACGACUCCCCCAAGAACAGCCACAUCCCCUGUCACUACGACGUGCCCCCUGCCCGCCACUACCCGCCGUCCCCUCCGCUGCGCAGGAAGGACCGCUGAGGGACAGACAGAGGGGACAGAGCAUCCUGCAGGGACUAGAGCACACCUGCUGCCCCUCAGCAGGGCUCUGCAAGUGGUGAAUAAAGGGAUUUUGGUGUG